AGUAUGUAUUGUACACGUACAGCCCGCUGCAGCAGCCGCUAGGCGAUUCACCUUGGUCAGAUUCACCCAACGUUGGUGCGACCAGGUAUUGCCCGGGUUUGGCGCGGAGUAUGUACGCGGUCUAGUGUCACUAAUAAUUGGUACAGCGAUCCUUCGGGGCCGAGAAGCUUAGAUUCUGAAGGGUUCGAUUCUCGUGCUCCUCUCGCUGACCGCACCGCUCGCCUAUCUCUCGCCUACCUCUCCCCUACCCAAUCUCAUACAGCAAAUUGCCCAGAAGUCUCCUUCUCCAAGGCCUCGGAGAACGGACACUGCUGCUGAUCCUGAUUCGAGAGUCGCAAGCUGAGAAGGCGAAGGUGACAGACAGCCGCACGCGAUCCCCGCGCAGGCAGAACCGCAUGCCUGCGUAACGGCUUGUUACCCCCGGAUCUCCGAGUCGCUGCCCACCGACACAGAGGCUGCAUAGGGAGUCGCAACUGCAAUGUCGACAUCCUCCGAGACAGCGCCCGACACCAUCAUGGUGUCGGACCCGAGCUUCGACAAGAACCACGAUGGUGACCGCAUCACCAUCGUGACCCCCCCUGGAGGCAAUUCCAGCGUUCCAAAGCCAAAACGGCUGGCCUGCAUGAUCUGCAGGAAACGGAAGUUGAAAUGCGACGGUCUCAAGCCGAGCUGCAGCACAUGUUCGCGUCUCGGCCACACGUGCGCAUACGACGAGGUCAGGAGAAAGAGCGGGCCGAAGAGGGGCUAUGUGAAGGCGCUGGAAGAACGACUAAAGCAAGUUGAGACCUUGCUGAAAACGCAAGAGACAUUAUCCGUGACUCCGGAUGGAGGCAAGGGGACGCCCUUGUCCAUCGAUGCGGGCGCGAAGCAACCCCUCAAUCAGCGCACCGCUGCCACAACGAACUUUCACAUCACCGAUCCGUCCAUUGGCAUUGCGAGCAGCCGUGAGAUGGAUCGCUGGCACUUCGUCGCCGACUCUCCCCAUGCACCGCCGCCGCUCGAAGACUUCAAUCUCAACAGCGGUAUGGGCAUGGGCAUGGGUGGAGUGGACAACAACUUCACGUGGGAGAUGAUAGGGCUGGGUCUGGAGGAGCCGUUGCCGCCUCAGGAGACCAUUGAUGAGCUGCAUCAGAUCUACUUUGAAAAGAUUCACCCUUCGGUGCCGAUGAUCCACAAAUACCGUUACCUGGCGGCUAUGAAUCUUGCUCCAGCGCAACGACCGCCCGUUUGCCUUCGGUAUGCCAUGUGGACGCUGGCCUGUUCCGUGUCUGAUAAGUACCAAACUCUCAAGGAUUUAUUUUACGCCCGGUCAAGGAAAUAUCUUGAGUCGGAUUAUAUCAAGGGGUAUGGCGAGCAUAUGAUUUCGGUCGCGCACGCGCAGACUCACCUGUUGCUGGCCUCGUACGAGUUCAAGUGGAUGUACUUCCCCAGAGCUUGGAUGAGCACUGGUUCAGGUGUGCGGCUGUCCCAGAUGAUCGGUCUUCAUCGCCUCGACGGAGCAGGACUGGAUGUCAAGCAAUGCCUCCCGCCGCCGCGAGAUUGGACAGAGAGAGAAGAGCGGAGGCGGACGUUCUGGAUGGCAUUCUGUCUCGACCGCUUUGCAAGCAUCGGCACGGGAUGGCCCAUGACCAUCGACGAGAAGGAUAUCCUGACAAACUUGCCCGCGGCUGAUGAGGCGUUCGAGCUGAGCCGCCCCGACCAGAGCCCGACACUCCAGGACGCCAUGACUGCCGCGGGCGUAGGGAAGCUAUCACCCUUUGGCGGCAUCGUCCUCAUGGCAUGCCUUUUCGGGCGCAAUCUUGUCCAUCUGCACCGCCCAGAUUCCGACGACCGGGACCAUGACCUGAAUGGAGAGUUCUGGAAGAGACAUCGGCAGAUGGACAACAUCCUGCUCAACACGUCGCUCUCCUUGCCAUCCUACAUGAAGCUGCCAAGUGGCCUCGGCAACCCCAACGUCGUGUUCACCAACAUGUGUAUACACACAUCCACCAUCUGCCUGCACCAGGCGGCCAUCUUCAAGGCGGACAAGAACAGGUUACCGGCCUCGGUGAGCUCCGAGAGCAAAGUGCGCUGCAUUACGGCGGCAAACGAGAUUGCGAGCAUCAUGAGGAUGGUCUCGCAUCUUGAUCUCUCUACGAUGAACCCAUUCAUUUCUUUCUGUCUCUACGUGUCCGCUCGGGUGUUUGUCCAAUACCUCAAGAGCCGGCCGGACGACAGCCAAACCGCCGAUUCGCUGCGGUUCCUCCUGUCGGCCAUGAAUGCGCUGAAGCGACGGAACCCUCUCACUGAAUCCUUCCUGGUCCAGCUAGACGUGGAUCUCGAGGCGCUAGGCGUACGCAUCCCAAAGCUGCGCAGCGCCUUUCCUCGCAGCAGCGAUAGCCCGGGUUCCCCUAGACAUGUUCCGCCUGGUCUCGUGUCAAUCGCUAGCGGCAACCCCGUCGACCAUCAGAAGCGGCAUGGCAUCCUGAGGUACACCAACCAGUGUCACUACAUGAAAGUCCCUGGGGACGACGGCAAUUCCGCCAAUGCCCCCGAGAUCAUCGACGUGGACGCCAGCACCGGCCCUCGAGGCUUCUCGCCCACCGCUGGACACCCAACCAGCCUCCCGAGUCGCGAGCGCAUCAUCACCAGCCCGUACCUGCCCGACAAUGGCGUCCUGCCGCAUUCCUUCUCGGCCUACGGUGCUCCCGCCGACCUGGACUCGGGCAGCACCAACGACCUGUCUGGCGCCGGCACCUCCCCAGACGGCCCGUCAAACCGACCGACGCCGAACUCGAGCACAACCGGCAUGUCAGACCCCCAACAACGCACGAAUCUAACACCCGGCGGCGGUGCAUGUCAUCUGAACAGCGGCUCGGGCAGCAACUCCUUCGAGACUAGUCCUGUGUGCUCACACCAGAACGUAAGCGGCAUGUCAGGCCCGGCACCUAAUGACGUUGAACGCAAUGUCAAUGCUGCUUUCUUUGGCGACCCGUCGUUCGGAAUCCCGGCUGCCGCUUCGACGGGCAUGACUCCCGAUCAGCGGUUCAGCAUGCCCACUGCCGGUGGCGACACGCCUGGUGCGACAACCUGGGCGGACAUGGCCGGGCAGCAGGGGAUGACGCCUGUUGCCGAGGGGGUCUUCAGGUCCAUCAUGGCGAUGGGGUCGAUGGAUGGUAUGGAAAUGCCGUGGGAACCGGCGCCUUAGACGGGUGGCAUUUUUGGUUUUAUUUAUUUUUUCUUGGUGAUAUGAUUUGAAUGGGCACUUGCCGGUCUUUUUUACUUUGGAUUUUCGAAGCCAAGAGAGACCGCGUUAUGAGUCUUUGGCUAUUACGAAUUCUUGGUCACGGGCAUGGCGUUUGGAUACAGCUCUUCUUCGCUACCAUUAUUUUUGGUUAUGUGGGUUGGAAGGGCGGAACGUGGGUAUUGGCGACAGCAUCGACUGUUGGGUCUACAUGUACAACUCAAGGGUGCGCAAUCAAGGUUAUAUAGGUGGGCAAAGGACAGGUAGACAGCACAAAUACCACUCCAGUCAUUGUUUUAAAAA